GAUAUCGCACAUAUACCUACCUGUAUACAUAUUUUUCAUAUACGUACAUAUAUCUCUGAGAUUAUUAAUAUAUACAUAAUAUGUUUUAAGCGCAUAUAGAGAGUGUUUGAAAAAAAAAUGGGGUUAAAAAACAAAAAAAAGAGCAGGAGGAUCUUGAUGUUUUAUCUAACCCUAAUGUCUUUUUCGUUUUUGGGUUUGGUAGUAACGUUUAAACCUCUGUUUCUACUCAACCCCAUGAUCAGUUCUCCAUCGAUAGUUGAGAUUCGUUACUCUUUACCGACGAAAGUUAACCGGAACCCGAGGUGGUUCGGACUAAUCAAGAACCAUCUUCCGGAGAAAAAUAUCAGAGUUGGUCUUCUCAAUAUUGAAGAAAACGAGCGUGAGAGCUACGAGGCAACGGGGACGUCGAUCUUGGAGACUAUGCAUGUGACGCUAGAUCCUCUUCCGAAGAAUCUGACGUGGGAGAGUCUAUUUCCGGUGUGGAUCGACGAGGAUCAUAGGUGGCACGCGCCAAAGUGUCCAGAGGUCCCUCUCCCUCGUGUGGAAGGUUCUGAUGCUGACGUGGACGUUGUGGUUGUGAAAGUGCCGUGCGAUGGGGUUAGGGAGGAUAAAGGGUUGAGAGAUGUUUUCCGGCUACAGGUGAAUCUUGCGGCAGCGAAGCUGGCGGUGGAGAGUGGGCGGAGGAACGUUGACCGGACUGUGUACGUUGUUUUUAUUGGGUCGUGUGGUCCCAUGCAUGAGAUCUUUAGGUGUGAUGAGCGCGUGAGGCGCGUAGGGGAAUAUUGGUUGUAUAGACCUAAUCUAGAGAAGUUGAAGCAAAAGCUUGUAAUGCCUGUUGGUUCUUGUCAGAUUCAACCACUGCCUGCUCAACUAGAUCAAGAAGCAUGGAGACGGCAGAAGAACGAAACUCUUACAUCAAGAACCACACUAUCAUCCUCAUCUGGUGCCCAACGUGUCGGCUAUGUGACGUUACUCCACUCAUCCGAGGUCUACGUAUGCGGGGCAAUAGCCUUAGCACAAAGCAUAAGACAAUCUGGCUCAACGCAUGACAUGAUACUCCUCCACGACAAGUCCAUAACCAAUGCAUCUCGCGUUGGCCUAAGCCGUGCGGGCUGGAAACUACGGCAAGUAGAGAGAAUCCGUAGCCCUUUCUCCAAGAAAGAUUCUUACAAUGAGUGGAACUACAGUAAGUUACGUGUGUGGCAAGUAACGGAUUACGAUAAGCUAGUGUUCAUAGACGCAGACUUCAUCAUCGCCAAGAAUGUUGAUUAUCUUUUCUCCUAUCCUCAACUCUCGGCCGCUGGCAACGACAGAGUCUUGUUCAACUCCGGAGUCAUGGUUCUGGAGCCAUCAGCUUGUCUGUUCAAGGAACUGAUGCUGAACUCGUUCAAGAUCAAGUCUUAUAACGGUGGAGACCAAGGGUUUCUGAACGAGUAUUAUGUGUGGUGGCAUAGGUUAUCGAAACAUGUGAACACGAUGAAGUACUUCGGUGCUGAAAGCAAGAACAGCCAAAAACGCCAUCUCCCGGACAAUUUAGAGGGGAUACACUACUUGGGACUAAAACCAUGGCUUUGUUACAGAGACUAUGAUUGUAACUGGGACUUGAAAUCACGUCGUGUGUAUGCAAGUGAGUCGGUGCAUGAGAAAUGGUGGAAAGUGUACGAUAAGAUGCCAAAGAAGUUGAGAGGCUAUUGUGGUUUGACACGUAAGAUGGAGAAGAACAUUGAGAAGUGGAGGAAAAUGGCAAAGGUUAAGGGUUUACCUGAAAGGCAUUGGAGAAUACAAGUGAGAGAUCCAAGGAAGAAGAACCUUCUUGAUUGAGUCAGUGAUAACGUUUUGGAAUUGAUUUGGUUCGAGAGCCAUGAGGGCAUAUGCAUGAAAGCAUUUAGGAAAAGAGUAUAUGGAAACUCAGCUUCUCCAACAAAGCAUUCAUGAUUGAUAACCAUUAUAGCAAUGUAUAUACACACAUAAAUGUUAUUUUUCGAUGUACAUGUAUUAUUUAUACAAUCAUUGUUCAAGUGGUA